AUGUUACAAACUAAUGAUAAUAAUCCUUUAAUGAAUGAUGAAUAUAAUGUUCAUAAAGAAACUCAAAGUCAAAUGAAUAGUUUAAAAAAUACAAAAGCUUAUGAAAAUAACAUUCUGCAAACUGGCAAAAAAUUAUUUAAUAAUGAUUAUAUAGAAGAAGAUGAUGAUGUUUAUGAUUACAAUCAUGAAGAUAAUAAUAAUUACGAUCAUAGAGAAGAUAAUGAUCACGAUUAUAGAGAAGAUGAUGAUUAUGAUUAUAGAGAUAAUAAUUACAAUCAUAGAGAAGAUGAUGAUUACAAUCAUAGAGAAGAUGAUGAUUACAAUCAUAAAGAAGAUAAUAAUUACGAUCACGAUUAUAGAGAAAAAAAUAAUUAUAAUUAUGGAGUUUAUAAUAAUAGCAAAAAAAGAGAUAGUGAUGAUAAUUAUUCUUCAGAUAUUAAUAAAGAAUACAGUGAUCAAAAUACUUUACAGGAUAAUUUUUUUAUUUCAGAUAUAUCACAAAAAUGCAACCAAAAAAACACAGUUAAUAUUGAAAAAAAUAAUGAUUAUUGUUCAGUUCCUUCGAAGUUUUUAGAAAGACUUAAUGCUCAAAACAAAGUUUUCUGGAAAAAUCAACUUAAACAAGAUAAAAAACUUGACAAAAUGAUGAAAGUUAUCUUAAAAUUACAGCAAGAAGACAGUUUAUCAUCUGCCUUUUUUGAAAAAUCGAUAAUUGGUAUUGUGACUAUUAUUAAAGAGAUUCAAAAGAUAUCAUUAUAUUCUACUGCAGAAUUAUUUAAAGAACAUCUUGAGAUUUAUGUAGAAAGAUGGUUCAAAGGAUAUAUGAAAGAUAUUGAAGAACAAUGGAAAAAAAAUCCACAGGUCUCUGAGGCAUAUAAUAAAUUAUGGGAAGUCAAUGAUAAUAAUCUUACAACAAUUAAUACAAUUAUCAUGAAAGCUAUGUCUAGAGAAGCUAAGGAAGACUGCUUAAAACCACCAAUAAUCGCUUUUGCGCUUGCAAUCUGUUGCACUGUUUUAAAUCCAUAUAGUAAAGAUAUCCGAUGCACUGAAGAAGUACAGCUAAAUGCAAACCAAGUUCCGAGUAAAAAUGAUAUCAUGAAUAUUCAAGAUGAAUCAAGAGAUGAAAGUAAUAUAAAUGGUUAUGAUGAUAAUGACAUCGAAGAACUUUCUGAGAAUGAUACUAAUGAAGAUGCGCGAUUAUUUGAAUAA